CCUUGGCUUCAUCUAGUCCCUUCUUUCUCUCACUGCUCUUCCUCUCCCUCCACAGAGUUCCCACAUCUUCGAUAUAAAAGAGUGUUUAGAGAGUGUGUGCCUUUCUCCCCUGUGGGCAAGAGACAAAGAGGAAAACGAGAGAGAGAGAGAGCACCUUGUUUCUCUUUUUUAUAGCUAUCCCCAUCUAUAAAUACUGGAUAAGCCUUGUAUCGUUGGAGCGAAGUGUUGCCGUAAAAAGCCAGUAAAUGGGGUCUUUGCUCGGGGACUGGCCCUCCUACGAUCCUCACAACUUCAGCCAACUCCGACCCGCCGAUCCGUCCGCUCAGCCUUCCAAACUCACUCCCGUCACAUAUCAUCCGACUCAUAACAGGACUCUUCCACCACCUGAUCAAGGACAGAAGGGGAGGAAUAUGCUUUAUAGCUUUCGGGCAUUAACAGAUGCAGUUCCUACACAGAUCAGGAUCGGUCCUGGCUUUUCAGGGACAUUGAUCGUCAUCCAAGCCUGUGCCAUUCUGCUUAUUGCAGAUUUUCUAUGGACGAUUGAUGGAUUCACUCUGAAAAUUUAUGCUACAUAAGAACAACAUAAUUAUAAGGACAUUCUUAUUUGACGGAGGACUAAAUAUUGAGAACUUCCAUUGCAUUUUGAACUACUGUUGCCGCUGGAAACUUUUUUUUCCUAAUUUCUGUUUGAUAAGCUACCUGAGCAGAGCAAGCAGAAUGAGUUGGGCAGACCGCCCAGUUAUACUCAGCUAGCCUCAUGAUUGGCUGUAUCUAUCUUCUGUAUCUUCCUUAAGUUUCGAUAUCAUAUCUGGAGUAAUACAUAUCCAGCUAUCCUGCCUCAACAAUCAGAUACGUUAAUAGAACUCAUUUUUGUUGUGUGCUUGCAAGUUUUGCAGAAUUCUCUAAUAUUUUAAUAUUAUUAUAUCAAUUUUAGUGUCUUUUUAUGAGAAACUAGUGUCCAAUAUUUCAGAAUCUAAACAGCGCUUUGAAUGUCAUCAUUAUCUCUGCAAUUUGAGUCAUAAUAUUGAUGUCAUAUUUUUAUUAUUCAGCAGAUACAUGUCAUUUAACAGCCAA